CGGUCAAGUCUUUUGUCUCCCAUUCCCAAUAUAAUAAUAACAAUAAAAAUAGUAAUAAUCCAGCAGCCAAAGCCAAAGCCAAAGCCAAACCCAUUUCAUUUCUAUGUCAAUGCACUAAUACCUAGCUCUAUCAAGUGUAUAUAUGGAUCUAUGUGUAUCUCUGGGUACUGCACAAUGUCCUUCCUUCCGUCCUUCUUCACCCAUACGUACGUACAAUCAUAUGCUAGCUCCCAUCCACACAUUAAUUAAUUUAACACACCAGUACUCUCCAUCUACAACAGCUUACCUUAGCUUAGCUUAGGUAAUUUGAUUAACCAUGGCGGCGUGGGUUUGGGCAAUGCUAUCUGCAUUCGUACUCCUUCACCUCCUCCAAAAACUUUUCAAUUCGAAGAGGAAGACGAAGAAGAGAAACAUGCCCCCGGGGCCGCGAGGGCUGCCCAUUUUAGGACACCUUCAUCUGCUGGGCAAGAGCCCCCACCGGGCGUUGCAUGAUCUUGCCCGGAAGCACGGCCCCAUCAUGGGGAUGCGGUUCGGCUUCGUGCCCACGGUGGUGGUGUCGUCGCCGGAGGCGGCAGAGCUGGUUCUCCGGACGCAUGACGUCACCUUCGCCGGCAGGCCCUCCCAGGACGCGUUCCAUUACAUCAGCUACGGGCAGAAGAACCUGGCCUUCAGCCCCUACGGGCCCUACUGGCGGGAGAUGCGGAAGCUCUGCACGGUGGAGCUGCUGAGCACCGCCAAGAUCAACCAGUUCCUGCCCAUGAGGGAGGCCGAGAUCCGGCUGCUGGUCGGGAGGCUGAGAGAGGCCGGGGAGAGAGGGGAGGCCGUGGAUCUGACCACCAUGCUCUUGAGCCUGGUGCGGGACAUGAACUGCCUGAUGCUGUUCGGGAGGAAGUUUGGGGACGACGCCGGCAGCUUGGACGACAGGGAGUUCAAGGAGGUGAUCCUGGAGGCGUCGGAGCUUGGGGCCCAGUUCAACAUCGCCGAUUACUUCCCCUGCGUUGGGGUUUUCGAUGUCCAGGGGAUCAACCGCAAGAUGAAGGGGCUGGCCAAGAUCUUCGACAGGUUUCUCGAGAAAAUCAUCGACGAACACGUGCAGAACAGGAACAGGAACAGGAACAAGAACCAGCAGCAGCGGGGGGAUGACGCGGCGGAGGAUUUCGUCGACACGAUGAUGGGGAUAUUGGAGUCGGGGAGGGCCACUUUCAAAUUCGAUCGGUCCCAUGUCAAGGCGAUACUGCUGGACAUGCUGAUCGCGGGUACGGACAGCUCGGCGACGGUGGCGGAUUGGGCACUUGCGGAGCUGAUAAAGCACCCGGAGGCGAUGAGGAAGCUGCAGAAGGAACUGGAAGCCGCGGUGGGGAUGGGCAGCAUGGUGGAGCAGCGGCACCUGGAGAGGCUGGAGUACCUGGACCAGGUGGUGAAGGAGACGCUGCGGCUGCACACGAUCGCGCCGCUGAUGCUCCCCCACGAGUCCCUGGAGGACUGCGACCUCAAGGGGUUCCACAUCCCCAGGAAGACCCGGAUCAUGAUCAACAUAUGGGCCAUCAUGAGGGACCCGAGCGUGUGGCCCGACCCGGAGAGCUUCGUCCCGGAGAGGUUCGCGGGCGGGGGCAAGCGAAUGGACGUGACGGGGCAGCACUUUGAGCUGAUCCCGUUCGGGGCGGGGAGGAGGAGCUGCCCGGGGCGGCAGGUGGGGCUGACGGCGGUCAAGCUCAUCCUCUCCCAGCUAGUCCACUGCUUCGACUGGGAGCUCCCCAACGGCAUGAAGCACGCCGACAUGGAUAUGGCCGAACUCUUCGGCAUCGUCACCGGUCGGAUUGAGCAUCUCAACGUCAAGCCUGUUUAUAGAUUGUUGUCCCAAUAGCUAGGCAAUAGCUGCUGCCAUGACAGACUGCAUAUAUAUAUAUAUAUAUAUAUAAAUGCUCACUACAUCUCCAUCUCCAUCUGCUCGCUCCCUCCCUCCUCAUUCAAUCUUACCCGACCCGACCCGACCCUAAUAAUACUUGUUAUUUGGAUGGAUGGUUACAGAUUUGCAGUGCAGUCGAGUCGUCAUUUUGGAAUAAUAAUAAUAAGAAUAAUUAAUAACUGUACUAGUACGUAAUUACAUACAAGUGAAGUCAUGGCCUACGACGUCCCUAGCUAUCUUCUUCCCCUCUGGCCUGCCUUUGUUGAAACGCACGCACAUACUGUAAUUAUAUAAUCAACAACGUAACUGCGCGCGUCUCUCGAUCAGAAACUGAGCUGAGCUGAGAGCUGAACAACGUAGAACAAUAGAAUAGAGUAGAAUAGAACCAUUCAACCACAGAAACUGUUCACAGUGGAGCUGAGCUUCCAAGUUACCAAGGUGCUGCUGCUGUCCACUUUUCCUCAUGUACAUGUGUACUCACUGAUUUUGAAUAAACUGCUACUGUGUAGGCUGUAGCGAUCGAGCAUCAUCAAACACGUAGGUAGAGAGAUGAUUUAGAGAUAAGGAGAGAACCAGAAGAUAAGAUGACGAA